GUAGAAUUGAACAUCCCUAAUAUUCCUUUCUCAUCACCACUGUCGUCUAUGUCGACGAUGUCUUCUCUAGCUAUGUACAGGAAGCAUCGUCUCACAAUCGCACUCACAAACUCUCUUCUAACACUCCUUCCCAAUUCCUCGGCUUCUUUGUUUGAGAACGGGAAAUCGGUACUUCUCUUGUAUGUCCUGUUGACGCAGUCACUGAAGGUAUAUCGCCAUCUUCGAGCGAGGACUGUUACGGGUACUUUGCGGGAAUUCUAUACUUGGGUUGCUCAGCGAAUCCUCUUCCUUCUAAUCCGGCUACCUUCGACUAGUCGGACAGUAAACGCACAACUCAGUCAAGCACGAGUCGAAAUUGAAAACCGCUUAGUACCUAAAGGCCCUAAUGUCACCCGUCACUUAGAGUUACCUGCCAAAGGCCAAACCCUAGAAUGGAUACUCGCAGAGAUGGACAAGAUGGACCACGAGUCUCCGAGCCACACUAACUGGAAGCAGGGAAAAUUGAGUGGUGCUGUAUAUCAUGGUGGCGAUGACCUAUCCCAAAUCAUCGUGGCCGCCUACAGUCGAUACUGUGUUACCAACCCUCUACAUCCAGAUGUCUUCCCGGCCAUCCGAAAAAUGGAAGCAGAAAUCGUCUCUAUGUGUCUACGGUUGUACAGUUGCCCUGAUGGGGCCGGCACCAUGACUGCCGGUGGAACGGAAAGUAUCAUCAUGGCUGUUAAGACGCACAGGGAGUGGGCGAGGAAAAUGAAAGGUAUCACGGAGCCUGAGAUGGUCAUACCAGUAACGGCGCAUGCAGCUUUCGACAAGGCAGCGGCAUAUCUAAAGAUAAAAGUCCAUAGUAUCCCAGUGGAUUCUUUCACUCGUAAAGUCGAUAUUAAACGUGUCAAGAGAGCGAUAAACGCCAACACGAUUAUGGUCGUCGGCUCAGCGGUCAAUUUCCCAGACGGCAAUCAAGACGAUAUCGUUGCACUCGGUCAGCUUGCUACCAAGUACAAAAUCGGCCUCCACGUCGACUGCUGUCUGGGCUCUUUCAUCAUGCCGUAUCUCGAGCGUGCUGGGUUAGCUGACGGGCUUGAGGGAAGGUACAAGCUGGAACCGUUUGAUUUUAGAGUCCAGGGUGUUACCAGCAUCAGUUGCGAUACCCACAAGUACGGGUUUGCGCCCAAGGGCACAUCAGUGAUCAUGUAUAGGACUCCGGAACUAAGAAGGUUUCAAUAUUAUAUCUUCCCUGAUUGGCCUGGCGGUGUCUAUCCCAGCCCGAGUUUUUCCGGCUCAAGGCCUGGUGCGUUGAUCGCAGGAUGCUGGGCUGCCAUGCACCAUGUAGGUGAUAGCGGCUAUCUUUCCUCGUGCCAUGAUAUCGUAACCUGUGCCCGGAAAAUCGCCGAAACCAUCCGAACGAGCAUUCCCGAGCUGUAUAUUUUGGGGUCGCCACCUGCCUCUGUGGUAGCUUUCGGAUCGAAACAUCCCAAGGUCAAUGUGCUUGAGGUUGGGGAUAGGAUGAGUAAGAAAGGGUGGCACUUGAAUGCGUUGAGUGGGCCGGCUGCGGUUCAUAUUGCUUGUACGCGAUUGACACUACAGGUGGUCGACACAUUCGUCAAUGAUCUGAAGGAAUGCAUCAAGGCGGCUAAGAGUAGCCCUGUCGGAGGGGGAACAAUGGUCACUCUCUAUGGUUUAGGCAAAUCCAGCGCUGUCGGACCGUCGAUGGUAGGUGAAAUUGCGACGGCGUUUUUGGAUACGAUGUACAAGGCAUAGCCAUGGGGGCGAGUGUGAAGCGAUCGGGAGGUUCCGGAUACGCAACGUUGCUUGUUACUUAUCUCAUUGGAUGACUUCCCGUAAGGAUGUGCAAAUAAUCUCCUUUCAAAUAAAAGUUUUGAUGUAAAUUGGAAAUUGGGAAAUUGUCGAAUUAUUUGCAGAUGCC